AUAUCACAUAAACAUAAAUGUGCAACGAAUAAAGUAUUUCUUAAAAUGAAAAAUUUACGCCUGAAGUAUUGAGUAAAUAUAGGAACACAGUUUAGAUCGAGAAGAUGGCUGAGAGAGCUGCGUUGAUUCAUGUGUUCACAUCCACAUGUGCCUUAGUUGUUUUAGGAGAAUCGCUACAGUCAUUGCACUGGAAACGUUUGAGUGAUAGCUUAUACUUUGAUGGAGCAGUUUUACUCCGGCGUGACUUUGCAUUUAAAAGGGACAUCUUAAGAACAGUGAAAACAUCGGGGGAAGUUCACUGUGGCCUCGCCUGUUUGUCUGAAAGUGACUGCAUCGCACAAACGUACUGCCGCGAGCCGUGGCAGAAACUCAAGGGAACAUGCUAUCUGCAUCGAAGAGGAAUCAAAGACGGGCUGGCUGAAGAUGCCUUCGUGAAAAGCGAUGGAUGUACUUACCAACAAUACAUAGAUUUUCACACGCCUUGCUCAAGCAAAUGUCAAAAUGGUCAGACAUGUAGCUAUGACCAUGAUAACAGACGAUAUGCUUGCCUCUGUGAGAAGCCAUACACUGGAAUGUACUGUGAAAAGUCUAAAGCAAUAGCCUUUUAUUUCACUUUCCUCGGUGCUCAAGGCAACACUGGGCCGACAUCAACAGCUGGAUACAAACGCACGCCUCUAGAAGGGACAGUAACACUCAACAAAGGAAUACAGAUCUGGACGGUUCCAUUUACCGCGCGGUAUAGUUUCACUGUGGCUGGGGCAUCAGGAGGGAAGGGAUAUGAACCAGGAGGGAAUGGUGCAAUUGUAAGUGGAAUUGUGAGACUUUUCAAGGGUACUGUCCUGCACCUCUUAGUUGGUCAGAAAGGUCUCAAAGGAUCUUCCGCUGCAGGAGGGGGUGGAGGUACAUUUGUAGUUUUCAGUAAUAAUACCCUUUUUGUGGCAGCUGGCGGUGGGGGUGGUGGAGGGGGUCAGAUAACAUCAAAGGUUGGCGAUGCUGGCCGAAAAGGAACAAAUGGAAGCGUUUACGGAGGAGUCAAUGGCCUGGGUGGGAAAGUGUGUGCUGACGAGUUAAACUAUGCAGGUGGAGGUGGUGGAUUUAGAGGAGACGGGAAAUGCGCCUUCAAUAUAACAUGCGUUUCUCCUCGAUCAUGCAAGGAGGCUGGGUUCUCAUAUUUGAAUGGUGGUGUGGGGGGCAAAGGAGAUGGUAAUGGGGGAUUCGGUGGAGGUGGAGCGGCAUAUAACGCUUUUGGAGGAGGCGGAGGUGGGUAUUCUGGAGGGGGAGUGUAUGCCACAUCGUUUGGUUCACGGUCAGGAGGGGGUGGAUCCUUUGGCAAUGGUGCACCCCUGUCAAGUAGUGGAGUAUCACAUAGUAGCGGUGACGGAUACGUGUUAUUUAGAUACCCCUAGUAUCAGACCAACAUAUUCGGUCGAUCUCCCUUGCUAUAAAAUGUUUUGCAAUAUUUCGAUGACACUAACUCAAUGACCAAGAAUCACGAUAGGCUAUGUUACCUUCU